AUGUCUGUGUAUCGAACUAUAAGUGCUACUGAUUUGAAACAGAACGAUAGUUUAAAAUUUUCAUUUAAAUGCAGUGAAUUCUCUGAGAAUGGAUCACUUCCUUUUUUGAAUCACAAUGAUUCAGGUAGUUCCAUUGUAUCUGAAUUAUCAUGUUUUAGUGAAACGGAGGAAAUAUCGGCUGAAGUGAAACCUGAAAUUGAGAGCGACGCCCCGACGUUGUGGGAGAUGGAAACAGAAUUUCCAGUACUUUUUAAGUCAAGGCAGUCAUUGGAUCAAUUUUUUGUAAUGGAAGAUUUCCUUUCACAUAGCAUGUCAGGUUUGAGUGAGCAUUUUAUGAAUAAGGAGUUUGAUUUUGGAGACAACUUUAUUUUGCGGCCCUUAAAACAAGAAGAUUUUGAGAACUUGUGCGAAAAUGAUCAACUUCACUUGAUAGGUACGUUGAAGAAAAUUGAGAAAGCUUCUCUCGAGUUGAUACAUCUUGUUAGAACAUUUAACGACUCAUUAUUAAAGGAUUAUGAUACUAUAAAGAAAGAUUUAAAAUUGAUAAUAUUAUAUAAUUCAAGAAGCAUCAAAAAAUUUGAGAACUCGAGGGUGAUGUUUGAUACACUAAAAAGAAUCAAAUGUAUGCUUCUGGAGCGUUUGGAUGAUUGUUUUUGCGACAACUUAAACUCUUUGGCGGAUGAAAUUAUCGAUUUAUUGUAUGAUUUUAAUCAAAGUGCAGAAGAAGCAGCUAGUUCGGUAGCUAAGAAUAGCAUAACUUCUUGCAAUCGGUGGGAAAAGUUCCACAACAUGGUUAGCUUUGUCGAGUCUAAUUUGAGUACUUCGUCAAACUUUAUCAAAAACGAAUGCACAAUUCUUGCAUACUUAAUCCAUGAAAUCAAAGUCAUAUAUGAGGAGUAUAUUUCUAAAUUCAGAGUGUACAAAUUUGAGAGAAAAGAUGAUAAAUUCAGAUACGAAAUUGUAUCUUUUGACGAUUACAUAAAAAGUCAGAAAGGGAGAUUAAGCAUCGAAGUGAAGUGA